AUGGCUGACAAUAGGAAAUUACACGUAGCAGUGUUCCCAUGGCUAGCAUUUGGCCACCUGAUUCCAUUUUUUGAGGUGGCCAAAUUCAUAGCUCAAAAGGGCCACAAAAUUUCCUUCCUAUCCACCCCUAGGAACAUGAAUCGCUUGCCAACUUUGCCUCCAGACUUAGUCCCGUGUUUUGAUUUCGUUAAUCUCACAUUACCAAGGAUAGAAAACCUUCCCGAAAAUGCAGAGGCCACUAUGGAUGUUCCCCCUGAAGACAUCCAUUUUCUCAAGAAAGCAUUUGAUGGUCUUGAAGAUGAGUUGACUCAGUUCCUUGAGUCUUCAACUCCUGAUUGGAUUAUUUACGAUUUUGCUCCUUAUUGGUUACCUCCCAUUGCUGCUCAGCUUAGAAUUUCUCGUGCCCAUUUCUUUGUGAUUAAUGCAUGGUUUUUGGAUUUUUUUGGACCAACAUCGGUCAUGAUCGAUUCCCCCAAGAAAGAUUUGACUCUUAAGGAUUACACUGCCCCCCCGAAAUGGAUUCCAUUUCCUACGAAUUUAGCAUAUAGGAUGUACGAGUGGAAACGGACUCUGGAGACGUCAAACAAGCCUGGAGGGAGCGUUACUGAUACGUAUCGGCUUGGCUCGGCCAUAUCGGGGUGUGACAUGAUUAUAAUUCGUCACUGCUUCGAGUUUGAACCGUUAUGGUUGAACCUGCUCGAAGAACUUCAUCAUAAGCCAGUCAUUCCACUCGGUCUCAUGCCACCAGGUGAUCAAGAAAUUGAAACCAUUGACAAAAAUGAAUCGUGGGUUGCAAUCAAGGAGUGGCUUGAUGAGCAGAAGAAGUUGUCUGCGGUUUAUGUAGCUUUGGGGAGUGAGGUGGGACUGAGUCAAGAUGAACUCACUGAGUUAGCUCUUGGAUUGGAGCUGUCAGGUUUAAGCUUCUUCUGGGCUUUAAGGAGGUCUGAUUCGUUGGAGCUACCAAAUGGGUUUCUGGAGAGAGUUAAGGACCGAGGGAUUGUAUGGGAAACUUGGGCUCCCCAAUCCAAGAUACUAAGUCAUGACUCGGUCGGCAGUUUCUUGACCCACUGUGGCUGGAGUUCUAUAAUUGAGGGACUUGAGUUUGGUCGAGCACUAAUAAUGUUACCAAUAGCUGUUGAUCAAGGUUUGAAUGCAAGGAUUCUGGUGGAUUCAAAGGUGGGUGUAGAAAUUCCAAGAGAUGAAAAUGAUGGUUCUUUCACUAGAAAUUCUGUGGCCGAGUCAGUUAAGAAAGUAACAGUUUGUGAAGAUGGUCAGAUUUUCAGGGAUAAAGCAAAGGAACUGAGUUAUGUAUUUGGAGAUAAAGAUAUGCACAAUAGGUACAUGAUAAUGAUAAUGAGUUAAUAAUGUAUUUGGAAAAUUGGACUGUGAAUUAUGAUAAUGAUCAAUUUUUGUGUUUUGUUUUGUUA